AUGCACUAUUUUACGCAUGUAGACGCUGUCACUGCGGAGUCGGACGUGUCGACCAAACACCCGUGAAUGGGGUGGUGGCGGUGAAAUGGAUUUUCGUAUUCCAUAAAGCCGGGGUGAAUCAAGGCUUCUGAACGGAAACAAGUCGCUGCUUGGACUAACAUAACGUUAACUUGGGAAAACUUGCGGUUGGGGGGCUACGCUUGAACAAAAACGGCAUCAAUAAGGCUGCUGAGCCUGUUAGCAAUCUAUCUUGGCUAAUGUUAGCUAAAUUACUCAAAGUACCCCGCGAUAGCAUGACGUCCUUAAUUCAGCAAAUAGCGAGGAAAGCAAGCGUUACUUUCAAAAACUGUGGCUCUGCCAACGGUGACAACGAAGUGUUUUUAGGAAACCAAGGUGAACUCAGCAACCUUCUAAAUGAAAUCAGGGCGGCAGAUCUGAAGAUUACACCAAGGAAAAUUAAAAGCUCAUCGAAGUCUCAAUCCCACAGCCCUCCGGUCACGUAUAUGCAUAUAUGCGAGACCGAAGACUUCAGCAUGGGGGUGUUUCUGUUGAAACCCGGAGCUUCCAUCCCACUGCAUGACCAUCCGGGGAUGAACGGUUUGCUGAAAGUUCUCUACGGCAAGGUCAGAAUCAGGUGCUUGGACAAGUUGGAUAACCCACCUGGUGCAGAGAGCGAAAUACAGUUCAACCCACCACUACUUCCGAACCAGAAGGAGGCUUUGAGGCGCUCAAUACAGAGGUCCAUUGGGGAGUACACAGAAGAGAGCAGUCCUUGCAUUUUGACUCCGCUGAAAGACAAUCUCCAUCAGAUCGAUGCGGUUGACGGACCAGCUGCAUUUCUCGACGUCCUCGCGCCCCCCUAUGACCCCGAUGACGGGAGAGACUGCCAUUAUUACAAAGUUCUUCAGACAGUUUCAGGACAACAGGAGCAAGAAGAUGUAUGGCUUCUUAAAAUUCCACAGCCUGAUAAUUUCUGGUGUGGUGGUGAACCCUAUCCUGGCCCAGUGGUUUCUUUUUAGACAAAUCAAAAAAAAAAAAAAAAAAAAAGAUGAGUUAAUUCUUAAACGGUCAGUCACUGACGCCUUUGGCUUCAUAAAUAGUGGAUACGGGGUUUAAUGGUCGAUCCUUUGGAGACACUGACUUAACGGAAUUAUUCAGAAUUCUCUUUUUUAUUCAAACUUCAUCCCAUGGCUUUCAGCUCGAUGUAAUCUGUAUGCCCGUCAGUUUUCAAUCACGGGGCUUUGAUUUAUGUGGCCAUAAACCACGUCAGAGAAAGCCAUAUAUGUAUGCCUAUAUUGUACAGUCUGUGCAGGCUGUAUUGAUAAUAUUGAAUGCCAUCAUACCUGGAACACAUUUAUUCAAUGUCAAAGUGUAACUUAGACAUAGCCUUAAACUGUGUUUAAUUUAUUUUAUAUAAAUACCUGUGUACACAGAUACGGCAUAGUUACUGUUUUCCUAGCUUUGUAGUAUAGGUACCAUAUCAGCACUGGUUUCUCAUCUUUCAGCUUUGUAACUUAAGUUAUUUUUGUGAAAAUGCUGUCAUUUGAUAUGUAAUUAUAGCAAUAAAAAUAAUGAAAUUAUGAAUUUAGUCUCACCAGUUAAGUGUAUUUGUUUAAAAUUGGUAGUUGACAAAGGUUUUUUAUUUUUCAUUGAUUCAUUUUCAUUAAUACAUUUCUCAUUGAAUAUAUGAUGUGAUUUUCCAAUUUCACAACAAUACACUUUACUGUUUGCA